CAUAAAAUUCAGUAAUUAAUAAAUAAUCUCAGUGUGUGCGGUCUGGCAGAGACACUCCAGACUCACAACAUGGAGCUUCUUCAUCCGUCCCCGCGCUCUUCCUGUCUCGCUGGGAAUGUGGUGUUUCGGGGGUGGAAUCAUAUUCGCAAUGGGCAAAGUCGUGCUGGAUUUCACUUGGACUCCAAAUUUCGGGGAGCUUGGAGGAGAUGUAGUUCGCCGGGAAUCGGCGGUCCGGUUCGUUGCUCGAAUGAGAAGGAGAAGCAUCCGCGGCUGGCUGCUGCGCGUGUUAUCUACGGUGUAGCCCCCGCCAUGGGUCACAACCAGGAGUCCCAUCCUGAAUCCCAUUUUAGGGUCCCAGCAAUUGUUACAGCUCUUGAGAAGAUGGAACUCACUCCAAAGGUUCGCAGUGAUGACAUUGUUGAACUUCCAAUUGUUAAGCCUGCUUCUGUGGAUGAUCUAUUGCAUGUUCACACAAGAGCUUAUGUAUCGGGUCUUCAGAAGGCCAUGGACAAGGCUUCAGAAAAGGGCAUCAUCUACAUUGAAGGCUCUGGACCAACGUAUGCCACUGCUACUACAUUCCAGGAGUCACUUGUUGCAGCUGGAGUUGGAAUGGCUUUAGUUGAUUCAGUGGUAGACGCAUCCAGAAUCACCCAGAAUCCACCAACAGCUUUUGCUUUGAUUAGACCUCCAGGCCACCAUGCCAUUCCAAAAGGGCCAAUGGGUUUCUGCGUUUUUGGAAACAUAGCUAUAGCUGCUCGCUAUGCUCAACGUGUACAUGGAUUGAAGCGCGUCUUCAUUAUUGAUUUUGAUGUUCAUCAUGGAAAUGGGACCAACGAUGCUUUCUAUGAUGAUCCAGACAUAUUCUUUCUUUCGACACACCAAGAUGGAAGCUAUCCUGGUACGGGUAAAAUCGAUGAGAUAGGUGUUGCAGAUGGGAAAGGCACAACCCUUAAUUUGCCAUUACCUGGGGGCUCUGGAGACAUUGCUAUGAGGACUGUGUUUGAUGAAGUCAUUGCACCAUGUGCACAAAGGUUCAAUCCAGACAUCAUCCUCGUCUCAGCCGGGUAUGAUGCUCAUGUGUUGGAUCCACUAGCAAGUUUGCAGUUCACUACGGGAACCUAUUACGCACUCGCCUCCAACAUCAAGCAACUUGCAAAAGAACUUUGCGGGGGACGCUGCGUUUUCUUUCUGGAAGGAGGAUACAACCUCCAAUCACUCUCUUAUUCUGUAGCGGACUCUUUCCGAGCUUUCCUUGGGGAGCCGAGUCUGGCGUCUAAGUUCGAUGACCCCGCGAUAUUGUACGAGGAACCAUUGGCCAAGGUGAAGCAAGCAAUACAGAGAGUGAAGCACUUGCAUUCAUUGUGAAUGUUCCCAAGGAUUUGAUGAAGUGUCUCACUCUGUAGGGUUAGUAGAACAGAUGUACGGCUAAACCAACUAGGCAGUCUCUUAAGUUGUAUUGGGACCAUGCCAUACGGAUUUUCGGUUAAAGGGAAAAUUAUACAUACAUACAUACACAGAUACAAAUGUCGCACAUGUAUGAUAAAGUGAAUGCUAACUAUUUUAAA